GGUGAGGCUCUGGCGGUCCCCGACGACAUGGGCAUGUGUCCGCCGAUGCUGACCGACCGCUUCUGCCGCUUCUCGGGAGAUCGGUAUCCGACGAGCAACGGGAUUUGCAGCUGGGUGCGAGAGCAGAUGGUCAAGGUUCGGGCCGCUGGCGAGGAACCUCCGGACUUCGUGCGCCACGUGGACGACAGAUGCGUGUUGGCACCACCGAUUGGCAUUGGGCGAAGGCUUCGACGCGGGGCCCCACCUGCGCUGAGCUGCGUGCGCGCGGCGCCGCUCCGCCAGCACCGGCUGCCCGGAGCGGCCCGCCUGCUGCUGGAGGAGCGCGCUGGUCUUCGGCGCGUGGGCACGCGAUAUCACGGGCUCUUCCUGGCGCGGAAAAAGUUGGCAGGUUCCGGCUUCUUCGCACGGGCGAAUUGGCGGUUCUCGCCGCCGCCUCAAGUCGACCAUCUGACAGCCGAGGGAUGGGCCGAGUUCGCGAGAGACAGGACGUUCUGCGUUUGCGAGACCG